UCCCCAUACGUGACUGAUCUAUGAAAUGGCAGAGAAUGGAACAGAUUGUGACCAGAGACGCAUAGGAAUGAUCAAAGAACAGCACAAUGGAAACUUUGCAGAUUCUUCUUUGUUGAGUGAACGGAAGCGAAGGGACCGAGAAGAGAGGUUAAAUAUUGUCCUCUGGAGACAACCGCUUGUUACCUUGCAGUAUUUUUUCCUGGAAACUCUAAUAAACUUGAAGGAAUGGACCAUAAAAUUGUGGCAUCGGCGAAGUAUCUUGGUGUCUUUUUUACUGACGCUUGCAGUGCUUACAGCUACGUAUUACAUUGAAGGAACACAUCAACAGUAUGUGCGGUAUAUGGAAAAAAAGUUCUUCUGGUGUGCCUACUGGGUAGGAUUAGGCAUUCUGUCCUCUGUUGGACUUGGAACAGGUCUUCACACCUUUCUGCUCUAUUUGGGUCCACACAUAGCAUCGGUUACUCUUGCUGCUUAUGAAUGUAACUCAGUUAAUUUUCCUGAGCCUCCUUACCCGGAUCAAAUUAUCUGCCCUGAUGAGGAGACGACUGAAGGAUCCAUCUCUUUAUGGGCUAUCAUCUCAAAAGUCAGGCUGGAGGCCUGCAUGUGGCAGAAAACGCUCAUGUACGUCAAAGCUUUUGAUGCAAAAG